GCCGCGUGCUCCCCGAGUGGGCGGAUUGCAGCUGCUCUCUGCCCAAUGGCAGCCUCCUCUCUUAUAAGAGCGCAGGAAAGGCGCUUCUCCGUCGCCCGAAAUCCUCGAAACCAUCAUCCUCAUCCUCAUUCUCAGCCUCCUCCUCGGCAUCGUCAUCGGUAGCAGCAUCAGCACUCGGGCUGCAGAGCCGCACUCCGCACGAGCCUCCGGCGCCGAGACAUGAGAGGCGCGGCGCGGCGCGCGCACCUCCACAUCUGCGCCGAGGCGCGAGGGGACUGGUGAAGCGCGGCGCGAGCGAGGGAUCCCCGAGCGAAGGAGAGCGAGCGGGACGCGGCCCGUUUGCUGGAUGCCACCAUGAUCAUCUUGUCGUGGCGCAGCGUGCUGCUGUCCGUGUACUACCCGCAGAUCUUCCUCAUCCUCACGAGCGGCAGCUACCUGGCCCUGUCCUCUGUGGUGGCCUUGGGUGCCAACAUCAUCUGCAACAAGAUCCCAGGCUUGGCCCCCCGGCAGCGCGCCAUCUGCCAGAGCCGCCCUGACGCCAUCAUCAUCAUCGGUGAGGGUGCGCAGCUGGGGAUCAAUGAAUGUCAGUACCAGUUUCGCUACGGUCGCUGGAACUGCUCAGCCUUGGGCGAGAAGACUGUCUUUGGCCAGGAGCUCCGAGUAGGCAGCAGGGAAGCGGCGUUCACCUACGCCAUCACGGCGGCAGGAGUUGCCCACGCAAUCACGGCGGCUUGCAGCCAGGGCAACCUGAGCCACUGCGGGUGUGACCGCGAGAAGCAGGGCUACUACAACCAGGAGGAGGGCUGGAAGUGGGGUGGCUGCUCAGCAGACAUCAAGUACGGCAUCGAUUUCUCCCGAAGGUUCGUAGACGCCCGCGAGAUCAAAAAAAACGCCAGGAGGCUGAUGAAUCUACAUAACAAUGAGGCAGGAAGAAAGGUUCUGGAGGAGCGGAUGAAGCUGGAAUGCAAAUGUCACGGAGUCUCGGGCUCCUGCACCACCAAGACCUGCUGGACCACGCUGCCCAAAUUCCGGGAGAUUGGCUAUAUCCUGAAGGACAAGUACAACAAGGCAGUGCACGUAGAGGUGGUGCGCGCUAGCCGGCUGCGGCAGCCCACCUUCCUGAAGGUGAAGAAAAGCCAGGGUUAUCGAAAACCCAUGGACACAGACCUGGUGUACAUCGAGCGCUCGCCCAAUUACUGCGAGGAGGAUGCCACCACCGGCAGCGUGGGUACCCAGGGACGGCUCUGCAACCGCACGUCCCCGCACACGGACGGCUGCGACCUGAUGUGCUGCGGCCGGGGCUACAACACGCACCAGUACACCAAGGUGUGGCAAUGCAACUGCAAGUUCCAGUGGUGCUGCUUUGUCAAGUGCAACACCUGCUCCGAGCGGACGGAGGUGUUCACGUGCAAGUAACGGCUGGAAGAGGAUCUGCCAGGUCUGCGACGAACAGCCUUCGGGAGACAACAAGAUCAUCGAAAGGACUGGAAUUUACAAUCAGUUCUCCAUGGCACUGUUUUGCACAUCAGAAAAUCUAUUUGCUUUAAUAUAAUAAAGGUUAAAAUCAAUAGGUAAAAUCCCACUUCCGUACUGAUGAAAGAAUGGCGUGUUCUGUAUGCACUAAAGUGUCCGGUCUGACUGAAAGUUGUGGCUUGUAGGAUACAAAUGGUGCUCUGCACCUGGAAGUGUGCGGUGCACUCUGGAAUAUUUAGUUCUGUAUUUCCAAGGGACCGCUUGUCAAGAGCAUGUAACCAUUUCAACAUACCGUGGAGCAUCACGGCGUCGUUACAUUUUUCGUAGAGCAACUAAGUUAACGAUUAUUCUUGAGCGUGAAGGUCAUCCUUUUAGGCUGACGAAGUCAAGGUUUCUCGAGGGGCAGAGAACGUGAAAAGGACAAGUCUAUGUACUGGAUUCUUCUUUUUAGGUAUGUCGGAAUAAAGAAGGGUGGGGUGGCGUGGC